AUGAUCGAAAUGUUCGCAGACUUACCCAAGGGCUCCACACCGGUGCAGGUGGACUGGCAGUCUGACCAAUACUGGAGGAAGCGGAGGCUAAGCCCUGCGCAGCUGCAAGUGCACGACAUCCGCCUUGAAGAUACCGGAUGGAGGACCGAUUCUGACGGAAUGCUGGAGAUGCGAGAGGUUAUGAGUUCGACGCUGUUUCCAGCAUUGGAAAACAGAGAUCGUUUGGCGGACACUAUCCCUUACGAAAAACUCACCAAGAACAGAAGCGAACAGAUGAAUAUGCGCAACUUGGCGAACGAGUAUGGUUGGAUGAAUUGCCUGCGAAGUAAAGACGUGCAGCAGGGCGUAUCAGAUCCUGCGGAGUUGAGGAAGCUGCGUUGGAUACACAUAUCUAGCAAGUUCUCUGAUUACUUAUCUGGAUGUCUCCUUGCUUUGUCCGAUUGGAAUGAAAAGCCCUCCCACAUUGUAACAGCGUUGCAGCAGCUCGAGCAUUGCGUGUACCAGCAAGAAAGAUUCUCGAAACAUGGCCGCUACUUUGCACCCUUUUUCCAGUACUUACUCGACGGCGUUGUUGACGAUAAAGACUUCUCCAAUGAGCCGAUGGUUCUAAGCGUUCCGUUCUUGGAUUGGACAGUAGAGGGUGAGCCACCACCUCUGAGGUUUCAGGUCGACCCAAGAGAAGGAUAUCAAUCCUCCAGAAGCUCGUCGCAUCUUCUCAGAUCUAUUCUACAGCACUUCUAUCGCCUUGAAGACACUGCAGAUCGCGAGUCACAACAAGUGUUUACAAAGCACAAACCAUGGUUGACGGACCGCAGCCUGGACUUGAAAGUCAGACGCUGCCUCAAUGUCGAUGAGCUAUGGAUCUUGGUCAUCGACGCACGCCACAUUGUAACCUUUUCUAGCAAUCAAUCAUGGAAGUCGCGGUGGCCACCACUCCAGCUGUCAGCGCGUAUCAUGGAGAUAUCUUUCAGAGGCAUACGCAAUGCAUUCGUCAAUACAUCCACUGAGCAAGACUACACUGCUACCACUCAUGUGAUCACCUCUCUGAGUGGAGCACUCGGCAUGCUUCAUCGAAGCUUCUGGUCGGACAUUCCCCUAUGUCUAUCGGAUCGGUACGCAAGCUAUCUUGGUCACCUGCAAUAUCGUUUACACCGAAGCCCUUCCACGUCUCUCGUCAUGCAUCUUCUACAAGUCCAAGAAGAGCUCAACAUCAUCAUUCAGAUUAUGGAGCAGCAGAUAGAACUCGUCAAGAAAUUUCAAGGUGCUUUAAAGUCGGGCAGGAACCGAGCUUACUCACACAAUUCGGCAAGAGAAUUUCACCAUCAGAAUGCCGGAUACACAAUACCUCCCUCGGACAUCGCCACCUACCGCCAGAUGUCGUUCAGCCACCUCGCGGAUCCAGGUGCGCAACUUCUUGAGAACUUGCAGCGCGAGUACGUCGAUCUGUGUGAUCUGCGAGACAACAGCAAUACAUUAAUCAAUCGAACGAUUCAACUAGUCAACAUUCGUCUCGAGGAUCACGGUAAGGCGAUUUUAGUCUUCACCAUUAUCACCAUAAUCUUUCUUCCGCUUAGCUUCGUUUCAUCCUUCUUUGGCAUGAACUUUGCAGAUAUUCGAGACAUGGACCGGACUCAGGGCCUCUUCUGGAUCAUUGCUGGUAGCCUGACAGCAGGCACAGUUGCCUUCGCAAUAUUCUUAGCGUUCUAUGGCAGUUCAAUAGUAGACUGGUUCGUUGCAUGGAAGGAGAACAAAAAGAGAAGGAGAAUGUCAAAAAAACCCGCUUUGAGGGAAACAGCAAGGGGGAUCAAACCUAGCGGGUUCAUGAAUUUUGAUAUCCUGGACACCACAAGACCGAGACAAUCGAGCGUAUUCUGA